GUGUGUCUCCUCACCUCAGUCAGUCAGUGUAGCCGUAACAACCGUAGCGUAGGGUAGUGGCGUCGCUCGGGUUAGGUCGUCUGAAGUGUGGACUUGCAAGAUCGUUGGGUUUGUAGUGAUAACCAGUCCUAAUAGCGACAACUGUGAACGAAGGUGCGAGGAUGAGCGGGGGCGUGGAGCUGGUGACGUCACCGGUGACCACGGACUCGGAUCCCAUCAGUCACUACUUCCACCAGAGUCCCGGCCACUGCUCGGAGUCGCUGGCGGCCAUCAACCGCAUGAGACAGAACAUUCAGCUGUGCGAUGUCACGCUCAAAGUGGGAAUGGACAGGAUACACGCGCAUCGAGUAGUUCUAGCCUCUACAAGUCCAUACUUCUAUGCCAUGUUCAACGAUGACAUGGCAGAGAAGGCUGCCAGAGAGGUUGUACUCCACGACGUGGACCACACGGCGCUCCAGCUGCUGGUAGAUUACUCCUACACCGGAGAGAUUCACAUAACCGAAGACAACGUCCAGGUGCUGCUGCCUGCCUCCAGUCUACUUCAGAUAGGCUCUGUUCGUGAAGCGUGCUGCAAGUUCCUCAUGCGACAGCUACACCCGUCCAACUGUCUCGGGAUACGCAGCUUCGCGGAUGCACAUUCUUGCAAGGAACUUCAUAGAAGAUCUCAUAGAUUCGCUCUGCAAAACUUCCAAGAAGUUAUGAACACUGAGGAGUUUUUGCUGCUGCCUUUUACAGAGGUGGAAGAAUUAAUUUCUAGCAGCCAGUUGAACAUUUCCUCUGAAGAGAAGGUCUUCCUAGCUGUGUUAAGUUGGGUAAAGCAUGAUGUCGCUGAAAGGGUCCAGAACAUAGCAAAACUGCUGAGGCAUGUUCGGCUGCCGCUCAUGUCACGGGACUUCCUCAUGACCGCUGUGGACUCGGAGGCGCUCGUCCGGGAGAGCUCAGAGUGCAAGGAGUUGCUGUUGGAGGCCAUGAAGUACCACUUACUGCCAGAGCAGCGCUCGGCUCUUGCCAGCGAGCGCACGUCCGAGCGCCGCCCUGAGGGAAUCAAGCCUUACAUAUUUGCUGUUGGUGGUGGCAGCCUGUUUGCUAUCCACAGCGAGUGCGAGUGCUACAAUCCCCGUGAUGACAGGUGGUUGCCCAUCGCUCCAAUGCUGUUCCGUCGUAGUCGCAGUGGAGUCACCGGUCUCGGAAAACUACUUUACGUUGUUGGAGGGUAUGACGGUGCCUCAGACCUAGCCUCAGCUGAGUGUUACAAUCCUCAAACCAACAAAUGGAACACCAUCACACCUAUGGGUACCAAGCGGAGUUGUCUAGGUAUCUGUGGGUUUGAUGGCCUGAUCUACGUAUGCGGUGGCUAUGACGGAGCCUCUUGCCUCAGCUCGAUGGAGCGCUACGACCCUCUGACGGGGGUGUGGAGUUCUUGCCCCGCCAUGGCAACACGACGGCGCUACUGCAGGACUGCCAUUGUUGAGAACUGCAUCUACGCCCUGGGAGGGUUUGACUCUACAAACUACCAGUCCUCCGUGGAGCGUCUAGACCCCAGGAUCGGCAGGUGGCAGGCCGUCCCGUCCAUGUCGUCCCGUCGCAGCAGUUGUGGCGUAGCGGCGCUCGACGGACUGCUAUACUGUGUUGGUGGCAACGACGGAACCAUGUGCAUGUCCAGCGGAGAACGCUUCAACGUACGGCGCAACACGUGGGAACCAAUCGCACCCAUGCACUCUAGAAGGUCGACACAUGAAGUUGUAGGUUACGACGGAACAUUAUUAGCCCUCGGAGGGAACGAUGGAAGUUCUUCACUCAACUCUGUUGAGCGAUACGACCCUCGGCUCAACAAGUGGACGCUGGUGACUUCAAUGCUUACCAGGCGUAGCUCAGUGGGUGCGGCCAUGUUGGAAUGUUUCAACAUUGAGCGAGGAUUGCCCCUCGUGGAGCGAGGUCUGCCAAUAGUGGCGUCGGGCAACGUAACCAUCAAAAACAUUUGACACUGAUGGGGGCUCAACAUUAAAUAUCCGCUUCAGAAGCGAGUGUUUCACUUAGAUUAAGAGAUUAAGACUAUAUGUUAACGACCAAUCGUUCUCUCUUGCUCUUAUUUUCAUGCAAACUUCACUACACUCUGUAUUCUGUAAUGCACUCAUUGCUUUAUACGGAUUGAAAUUAUAUUUGUUACCAUUGAGUUAAGUUGUGAAGUAAUUAUAGUUUUUAUAAGUUUGAUUUGGCGAUAUUUCUACUUUGAAUAUUUUUAUAAAGAAUUGAUAGUUGGCAAGUAAAAGGUAAGGUUUGCUUUAAAGAUACAGUACAUUCACAAACACAUCUCAGAAAAAUUUAUUAAGUUGUACAUAAGAUGAUAGUGAUAGUUAGUUACCUUUUAUUGUUAGAGAAAGACAUUUUUCUAGGAUGACAUCUGGGCUUUGGUUGUAAUUUGAACAUCUUUUUUAUUUUUUUUUUAUUCAUUUGAGUGGUAAUUACUAUUUGUAUCAUAAUCAUUCAUUAACACAUUCGCUGCGGCCCAUGAAAUGGCAGGCGUAGCCCCAGUGCGGCGCAGCCCGCAGCGUCAUACAAACCCGAUUGCCAGAUGAUUGGCUUUCAUAUUUCGGUAUGACGAAUAGCAAAUAACGUGCGGUGAUGUCCUGCUUUAUAACAAGAGUUGAUGUAGUUCGCUAAACACCCACAGAUAGCAGCACUGCUUAGAACGUAGCCGGUCCAAUUGUAUUGCCAAUUGGAAGGAGAUGGUGUUUGAUGUACUCAAUUUUUUAGGCAUUAUUAAUAAACAAAAUUAAAGAAAAGAACAAAUAUUCUAAAGCACAAUCAGAACAUCUGGGUACUUUGAAUUUACUGAGCCCAUUUUGGUGUUAACUCCUUUAAAUACAUAAAAAAGUCCAAACACGAGGAGCGCGUCCGAACUAAGGAGCGGCAGCAAAAACAGAUUUCUAUUGUAUUUACAGACCAGCAAGUAGUAACGUUCUCCGUCAAACACUAGACUCAUACUGGCUGCUUUUGUUUAACAAGGUUGGAUGGCUCGGACCCGGGACAUGCACAUGCGCAGGACGCUACGCGUGUCCCGAAUCCGAGCCACCCGCAGCGAAUGUGUUAAGAUUCCAAAUUAAAUAAAAAUUUGAUGAUGAAACAUAUUUAGAAAUAGCUGUUUGCCAGAAAAGAUAUUUAAAAGUAACACACUUUCAUUGUAAAAACAUUUGGAAUCAGUACUGAAAGGCCUUACUCAGACAUUUAGCAAUAUUUUUACAGACUUUUCAUGUGCCUGAAUUGAACAAUUCCAUAAAAAAAACCACGUAAUGAUUUUUUGAAAAACUUAUAAACAUACUGUAGUUAUUUUUUUAUUAUAUCAAAGACAAACAUUUUUAUUUUCAAUAAAAUAUUAUAUUUUGUGAAGCUGAAUCCCAGAUUUUAAAUAACUAUGGUAAAAUGAAAUUGGUAUGGAUAGAUGUAUAACAUUAUUUCAGUAUAAUAAAACUAAGUUGAUCUUGGUUGUGUUUAUGGUUUGUUGUGUUAAUUGUAGCAUAGAUUUUUUUUACACAAGUCGACUAGGUAAUUGUCUGUAGCUCUCUUUGCAGUGUUUGUGGAUUUUUUUUGCAUUACAGAUGCAAAAUAGUUAGGGGUUGGACUUCUUGAAUUGUUAAACGGCUCCAAUACACUAGCAGAGUAGAUUUUCUUUACAGUAUGUUAUUGUGUAAACAUAUUCUGUUCUACAUUUAUUGUGAUACUGCCCAUAGUUUGUAGAUUGUAUCUUUGUGAAGUUUUUAUUUGUAUUAACUUUACAUGUUUAUUGAAGUUAUUAAUGAGAUCUCUUUAUUGCGGAGUGAGUAAAUGUCACUGCCAAAUUAAUAUUGAAUAAAAGAACUUUUUUAUAGAA